AAUUGUAAAAAAAGCAAACACUCAAACCAAACUUCAAAGAUUAAAAAUUAAUUAUCAAUCAGUCAAUCACAAAUGUUUUUCACGGCUGUGUCUAUUGUUCGAAACGCUUCGGCAUUUGCAAAACAAGCGUCUAGUAGAGCGGUACACACGACUUUUUUCGCCAUGGCUCCAGUAAAGGUUGGGGACAAAAUGCCGGCUGUUGAUUUGUUCGAGGAUUCACCUGCAAAUAAAGUGAACAUUUGCGAAUUAACUGCUGGAAAGAAGGUUGUUCUUUUCGCUGUUCCUGGAGCUUUUACUCCUGGUUGCUCCAAGACACAUUUGCCUGGUUAUGUUCAGAGCGCUGAUAAACUGAAAUCGGAGGGAGUUUCGGAAAUAGUGUGUGUAUCUGUUAAUGAUCCAUAUGUGAUGGCCGCAUGGGGUGCACAACACAACACCAAAGGAAAAGUUCGCAUGCUAGCAGAUCCGAGUGGCAAUUUCAUCAAGGCCUUGGACCUUGGCACUAAUCUUCCACCGCUUGGCGGUUUCCGCUCCAAGCGUUUUUCCAUGGUCAUCAAUGACAGUACAGUUGAAGAUCUGAAUGUUGAGCCUGAUGGCACAGGACUGUCCUGCUCGCUUGCUGAUAAGAUUAAACUGAAGAAUUAAAAUCACCUUGCUUAAGUAGUUUCAAAGCCACUUCUUAGUUAUAUGUGAUCUACACACCUAGCUUUAUGCAGAUCUUAGACUGUCUAAGCACCCCUUGUGAUAUGCCUAAAAUAUAUAUAUGUAUUUUACAUUUUAAUGUUU